ACAGGACGCAGGAGAAGACUAUCAUCAGGAGACACGGAUUUAAGAGAAACCGACGGGAUCGCAGAGUUCAAAGUGAUGACAGCUUUUUGAGUUUUGCUUUGACAUCUUUUGAGGAAUAUUAUUGCACAAGACGAAUGCGGACAUCUACUUAGAAGUGAAAAGCAGAACACUGAGAGGAAAUGGCACAUCUACACCUGAGAUACCUCCUGGCGCUGGCUUUAGUGCAAGUGGUUUUGUCCUCCGGUGUGUUUGAGCUUAAAAUCAACUCGUUCCACACGGCGCAGCGCAUCUGCAGGAGACACCGGGACUGUCACAUAUUUUUCAGGAUUUGCCUAAAACACCCAGAGGACGUGAUCUCCGCGGAGCCGCCAUGCACCUUCGGCACCGGACACACCAACGUCAUUAGAGCCGAUCACACCUCCAUCUCCAGCAGCGCUCCCAUCAGGGUGCCCUUCCACUUCAAGUGGCCGGGAACAUUUUCGUUGAUCAUUGAAGCCUGGAACGCAGAAUCUCCUACUGAAUACACAGACAACCAAAACAACCUCGUGAGCCGCCUGGCGACUAGGAGGAGGCUGGCCAUCGGCGAGGACUGGUCCCAGGACGUGCACUUCGGCGAGCAGAGCGAGCUGCGCUACUCCUACCACGUCUUCUGCGACGAGUGCUACUUCGGGGACGGCUGCGCCGAGUACUGCCGGCCGAGGGACGACACGCUGGGCCACUACACCUGCGACGAGGAGGGCAACCGCAUCUGCCUGGAGGGCUGGAAGGGGAACUAUUGCUCUGAGUCCAUCUGCUCGGCGGACUGUAGCGAGAAGCACGGCUACUGCGAGGCCCCUGGGGGCUGUACGUGCCGCAUGGGCUGGCAGGGCCCCUCCUGCAAGGAGUGCGUCCGCUACCCGGGUUGCCUCCACGGGACGUGCAGCCAGCCGUGGCAGUGCAACUGUCAGGAGGGCUGGGGGGGGCUCUUCUGUGACCAGGACCUUAACUACUGCACCAACCACAAGCCCUGCGCCAACGGAGCCACCUGCACCAACACGGGCCAGGGCAGCUACACCUGCACCUGCCGGCCCGGCUAUGGAGGCACCAAUUGCGAGCUGGAAACCAACGAGUGCGACAGCAACCCCUGCAAGAACGGAGGCAGCUGCAACGACCUGGAGAACGACUACUCGUGCACCUGCCCGCAGGGCUUCUACGGCAAGAACUGCGAGAUCAUCGCCAUGACGUGCGCCGACGGGCCCUGCUUCAACGGCGGCACCUGUGUGGAGGCGACGACCGGCGGCUACACCUGCCGCUGCCCCCCCAGCUACACCGGCUCCAACUGCGAGAAGAAGCUGGACCGCUGCAGCAACAGGCCCUGUCUGAACGGUGGUGAGUGUCUGGACCUUGGCCAGAGCGUCCUGUGCCGCUGUCAGGCAGGCUUCACUGGUGCCAACUGCCAGGUGAACGUCGACGACUGCGCCUCGACCCCGUGCCAGAACGCCGGCACCUGCCAGGACGGUGUGAACGAUUACACCUGCUCAUGCACCCUGGGGUACACGGGCAAGAACUGCAGCGUGCGCUCUGACGCCUGUGGCGCCCGCCCGUGCCAGAACGGCGGCACCUGCUUUACCCACUUUACCGGGCCCGUGUGCCAGUGCCCCAAGGGCUUCAUGGGUCCGAGUUGUGAGUUCACGCUGCAGCCCAGUUUCAAGCCGGCUUUGCGCCAGACCUCCCAGCCCUCUUCCGCCACCCUCACCGUCUCCUGCGUCCUGGCCGUCCUGGUGCUGGUCCUGGCAGUGGGGAUCGUCCUCCUGAGGAGGAGGAGGAGGGGGCUGCAGGGUAGGAAGCAGCUGAGCGACAGCGCGGUGUACAACGACUUGGAUACGGUCAACAACCUGGGAGGGAGCGAACGAGAGGCCUUUCUCGGCCCCAACGGCCUGUUCAAGAUCAGCAAUGGCACGGCUCGCCUCAGCCUCUCCCUCUGCCCGGACGGAAGAUCCGGCUACAGGCAGAACACUGUGGAGAGCAGCCUGGUCAGAGGCGAGCGCCAGGACUUUAUGUGGAGGGACGAGGCCGGCCUGGGCUCCGGUGCAGGGCUGAGAUGAAACCCCAGAGAGAAAAAAUACAUGUUCACACCGGGGUAAAGGAAUAUUAGCACUUGCUCCUCGCUCUUCACGUCCAGUGAAGAAAAGGAGCGAAUUCACAAGAUGAAAACCACUCUGCUCAUGCAGAAGAUAAUGUACCAUUCAAAAUGUAAGCGUAAGAAGCUAAAUAUUGACAAAUGAACUAUUCUGAUGAAGACGAUUUACAAAGAUUAUUGAAAAAGUAUAUGGGGCAAAGCUCUUUCAUGUUCAAGACCCAAAGAAACAAAUAAUAUGAUCCACUCUUCAUAGGACCUACAACUCAAACCAAAUACAGGAAGUCACCACACUCUUUGGAAAACCUGCCCAAAAAAAAAAUGUUUUAUUGGGUUAUUGUUUUUAAUGUUUGCUUGUUUCUCAUUUGUUUUUUAAAACACUACAUUUUUUUGUUUUGCUUUUCAAUCUUCCUUUG